AUGGACGGGGUCGGCCGGGCCGGGCGGGAGAGGAACGGGCGGGGAGGGGAGGGGAGAGCGGCCGCGCUUCGCCCUGGCCUAGCUCCGCGGGGACGGCGCCAGGCGCGGCCGCAGCGCUGCCGCCAUGCGGUGCCGCAGGGACGGUGGGCUGCGGGCGGCAGGCGGGAGCCGCGGCCGCCACAGCCGCCCUCGUCUUUGUGUCGGGGCCGGGCGGGCUCCGCGCAACGGCCGCAGCAGCGCCGCCUUCCGCCGGUGCCGGGAGCCCCGCGGCGGCCGCCGCACCCGCCGGGCCUCGGCCCCUCUGCGCAAGCGCCGGGGUGGCGGCGGCCGCCACUGCGCCUGCGCGCGACCGGUGAGGGGGCUGGGCAGAGGGUACCGCUCCCCGGCUGGAGGGGGGCGAGGGCUCCUGGGGUGGAGAAGCGCCCCUCCGGGGGGGAGUCCCGGCCCUGGCCCUCCGCCGCCGCGCCCUGGGCAGGGUCGUCGGCAGCGCUGAGCCUGCCCUUGGUCCCGCCGCUCCCCUGCGAGCUGUCGGGCCUUCCUGCCCCGGCCUCCUCCAGCGGGAGCUCUUUAACCGGGGCGUUGCCUGUGCCCCGAUGGCGGGUGUCUUUGGGCCCCGCAGCGUUCUGUGGAGCUGAGGGUCGCUUUGACGCCUCGUGGGCUCUGUCCCCUUCGCAGAAACCGGGCGGAGCCCCGGUGCCAGAGGAUAUUGCUUUUCCAGUUGGAUUUGCUUGGGGUGCAGCUACAGUGGCAUAUCAAAUUGAAGAAGGCUGGAAUGCAGAUGGAAAGGGCCCUAAUGUCUGGGACACAUUCACCCAUCAGGGAGGAGAUCAAGUUUUCAAGAACCAGACUGGUGAUGUAGCUUGUGGCAGCUACACUCUGUGGGAGGAAGAUUUGAAAUGUAUCAAACAGCUUGGAUUGACUCAUUAUCGCUUUUCUCUUUCCUGGUCACGUCUGUUACCUGAUGGGACGACAGGUUUCAUCAACCAGAAAGGAGUCAAUUAUUAUAGCAAAAUCAUUAAUAACCUGGGAAAUGGCAUCUGCUCACUGUAUCAAUUUGGCUUACCUCAGUUCUUAGAAGAUGAAGGUGGCUGGAGAUCUGAAAGGAUCAUUGAGACCUUUGAUAUUAAUGCAAAGUAUUACUUCAGAACAUUUGGAGACUGAGUGAUCACUAUUAAUAAGCCUUAUGUUGCUGCUAUAGAUGGGUUUGUCAGGACAGUAUUUGCUGAUGGUGAAUAUCCAGCCAUCAUGAAGUCCUGGAUUUCUGCAAUGCAUUCAAAGCAGGGUUACUUAUCAUCAAGGCUUCUGGAACUCACUGAAGAGGAAAAAAUUAUGAUCGUGGGUAUUGCUGACUUCUUUGCCCUGAACUCAGUAAGACUUUCCUGGCAUGCAUCUACUCCUGGCAAUGGGAUGUGUGGUGACUGCCAGUACCAAGGGGAUACAUAUAAUAACCCUAUAAUUUACAUCACUGAGAAGGGGUUUUCCCAAAAUGACCUUGCUCUACUUGAUGACAGUCAACGAUGGGAGUAUUUCAGGCUGAUUUUACAGGAAAUUUUAAAAGGUACCAUUUAA